CAAAUGAACAUAUUAGUCAUGUCAAUUGUCGAAUAAGUUGUCAUACUGUACACCAGUUAUGAUGUCAGUAAAGUUUUAAGAAGUUGUCCGAAUAGUUAUUAAACUUGAACAAUGAGGCAUGUUCUAGUAGUUUUGCUUCUCCUUUGUGCUUUUCAGCCUAACCAGACCAGAAGAAGAAAGACACCGUGUUCGAGACACAAACCAUACUGUAAACCAGUUACGAAAAAAAUAAUUGAAACAGACAAAGCUCCAAUAAUCCCUUUACCUUUCAGUCAAGCUGUUUUGGCGGGAAAUACUCUAUACAUGUCUGGACAAUUAGGAGUAGACCCUGUCACACUUCAACUGGUUCCAGGUGGUCUUAUUCCUGAAACUGAACAGAUAUUCAAGAAUUUUCGUGCUAUAUUAGAGGCUGCUGGUGGUAGUUUAAAGGAUGUUGUCAAAGUAACAGUUUUUCUGACAGAUUUAAGAGAGUAUUCUGCGUUUAAUGCAGUCUAUAUGAAAUACUUUCCAAAGAAUUUCCCUGCUAGAUCAUCUUGUCAAGUAGUAGCAAUAUCAAUAGGAGCGCAGUUAGAGGUUGACGCAAUAGCUGUUAUUGAUAAGUGCUGAUGGCGACGACGAGUUAAGACAACGAGACAUAAAAUAACUUCAAGAAUGCAUUAAAUAUAAAAUUAGAAAAUGUUUAA